UAGGAUAUCCAUAUCAAUGGUCGAUAUCCUAGAAUGGUCCCCAGGAUAUCUUAGGCCGAUUUUUUGGAUAUCCUUAAGAGAUCCUUUUGAUAUCCAAAGGACAUCCCUAGGAUAUCUGCGGGAUAUUAUCAAUAUAUCCCAAGAUAUUUUGUGUUAUUAGGGUUAAAAUUACUUUUAUUAGUCUGUAAAAAAUACACGAAAAUAAUUUAAUUAUUUAACGCAUAAUUAUGCAAAAUAAUUGACAUAGAAAAAAUAUCAAAUAGAACAUGAGUUCUAAGAAUUAUAUAAUUAUGUAUAUAAACUAUUUGUAGAUGUAAUUGAUAAACCUUAGUGAUAACAAAACAUAAGAUCACAACCUGUUAAAUGAUAUGUAUAAAUCACAAAAACUAGUAUUUAUCAAUAAUUUAAUAUAAAUUAACUUACAAAGAUUGUCUUCAUUUUUAAAAGUGUUAUUUCACUAAGAAAUUGUGUAAAACAUUUACCUGAAUUUAUUGUGAUUAAGUGUAAAGUUAAAAUGAAAAUAUUAUUUAAAGUCAGUGUUUUCUUUGUGCUUAUCUACAAUGUCUUCAAUAUUUCUGCUGAUUCGUUUAUAAAAUGUAAAGAAAAUAUGAAAUUUUUUUCUGAAGAAGGAAGAGAAUUUUGUGAUUGCAAAGAUACUUUUCUCUAUCAUGUUUCGGAUAAUUUUUGUUACGAUGCCUAUAGACAAGGUCCCUGUUCAAUUGGACAUUACUUUAUACUUCCUCCAGGAGAAGCAUUAGCAACAUGUGAAAAAAAUCCCUGUGAUGUUGAUGGUCUUGUUCCUUUUAAUGGAAAAUGUCACUUUCUUUGGAAAUCCGGAAAUCCUUGCAAAGAUAAUAACACGUAUUUAGGAAUCAACAAAGAAUUUCAAAUUGAAUGUGGCAGUUCUAAAUAUUUAGGCAGCAUUGAUCGUUUGAAAUCCUCAAAAUCUUGUCCAGAGAAUACCUAUAUGAUUCCAGUGGAUGAAAAUAAUACGCAAUACAAUUGUGAAUGUAAAGAAACAUUUAUAUUUUCGGAACAAAAUAAAUCCUGUUAUCAAGCAUACAGGCAGGGUCCUUGUUUGGAAGGGAAUUAUUUUAUAUUUUCUCCAUCGGGAAAUGAAUCUAAAUGUGAGGAAAAUCCUUGUCAUGAUGAUGGAUUGGUGCCUUUCGAAGGAAAUUGUCAUCGAAUAUACAAAAGUGGAAUUCCAUGCUCUGAUGAAUUUCAAGUUUUAACAGUCAGCAGAAAUAAUUUUCAAUUAAUGUGUAUUCACUUUAGUCAACUGUCAAAACAGUAUGAUCGCGUAGUUAGCAAACUGCCAAAACAGAAUAAAAACAUAUACCAACUAAGAGGAGGAUUGUUAUCCACUUCACAACAACCUGGAAUUAUAAAUCCUCCACAGAAAGCAUGUCCUCCAGCAACCUUUCCAGAAGCUUGUUGAAAUUCUCCUGCAACUUUACGUAGCAAGCUUACAGCAAUCUUUCACGGCAAGCUUGCCGCAAUCAUUCUUAGUAUGCUUGCAGCAAUCUUUCAUGGCAAGAUUGCAGCAAGCUUUCCUGGAAAGCUUACAGCAAGGUUUCACGGCAAGAUUGUCCUGGGUGGGACACUUCGCUAGCUCAGACAAGCUUGCACGGUAAGCUUGCCGCAAGUUUCCGUGCUAUCUGGGACGAAAUAUGAAAAGUGAAAUCCGAAAUUUUAAAAGUGGAAUACGGAAUGGGAAAAAUGGAAUACGGAAUUUUGAAAGUGGGAUCUGGAAUUUGGAAUCCGGAAAAAGUUACGGACCAGUAAAUUUUGGUAAUGCGACAAUAUAUUGAACUAUUAGCGCUAUGAUCGAUAUAAGAUCGCAGAGGCAAACUAUUGACCCUAUUUACCCUUAUUCUAGGAUAUUUGAUAAUUUUAUUUCUCGAAAUAACGUCAAGAAAUAUUUUUCCAUUACAAUAUAAUAUAGAUAGCAUUUAUAAAAUUGAAAGCUAAACUACUAAGGAUAUGUCAUGCGUUUUCGGAUGUAUUUAUUUACUGGUUUUCCUUGAAAUAAAAACAUGUUUAACUUUAUAACA